CGAACACAAUGGCUGAUAGUGAGACAGACAGCAGUUCUAAAACGGAAGAAAAUAUGCCUAUAAGUGACUACUCGUGUACUCAUUAUAAAAGAAAAUGCAAAUUGGUCAGUCCUUGCUGCCAGAACAACUAUAUAUGUCGGUUUUGCCAUGAUGACAGUGAGAACCACACAUUGGACCGGGCCAAUAUCUCCGAAGUAGAAUGUCUUGCAUGCCAUAAGAAGCAGCCACUCAGCCAGACAUGCUGUAACACUGAUUGCGGCAUAAAAUUUGGAAAUUAUUACUGUGGUUUAUGCAAGUUGUUUGAUGAUGAAGAUAGACAGCAGUACCACUGUGAUGGGUGUGGUCUUUGUCGAGUUGGAGGCCGGGAUAAAUUUUUCCAUUGUGACACGUGUGAGAUGUGUCUCCCUAUCAGUAUUGUUGAGACUCAUAAGUGCAUCGUUAAAGUCAGCAAGGCCAACUGCCCUGUCUGUUUAGAGGAUAUUCAUACAUCACGCAUCGUUUCUCACGUGCCAUCGUGUGGUCACCUGAUCCAUCGACCUUGUUUCCAUAGUCUCAUAAAAGCAGGGUUCUAUGCCUGCCCAACCUGUGGUACUUCCAUGAUGAAAAUGAAUGACUUGUGGAAGUCACUGGAUGAAGAAAUAGCAGAUACACCCAUGCCAAAUGAAUAUAGGGACCUCUACUGUUAUGUUCUUUGUCGGGAUUGUCACAAGGAAUCAUUGACGUUGUUUCAUGUGUUGGGCCAUAAAUGCCUAGAAUGUGGCUCUUACAAUACUGUUAGGGGCAAAGGAGGACUCUUCAAAAGACAAUUGCCACAACAGGCAACUGGGACGGAUCAGGCAGAGACUGUGGAAGAAGCAGCUGGAACGGACGCAGCAGAGGAUGAUGAAAUAUAAAGAAGUUAGACCUGCGAAGCUUAUCUCUUGGUCAGAUAUUACGUUGCCAGACAAAGCCAGACAAAAGGGAUGGGUUGCAAGAACCAGUUUGUGCAUACGUAUGGCAACUUUGACAGUUCUACAAUACACGGACUGUAUUCUUAAACAGACAUUUCAGAAUCUAGAGCUGUCACUGUAGUAAGAGGAACAACUUAUGUGGAUUUUUUAUACAUUUUUUUUUUUUUUUAUAUAUGUGUAUAUAUAAAAUCAUUAUUGUUGCUUUUAUGAAAUUAGCUAUUCAGUGUCCAGUCUUAGGAAGGAAGAAACUGGUAGCGUACCCUAAAUGCUGAAGUACUCUAAUUCGCCAAGUCUCUCUAGAAAAGAAAUUAUAUAAUGGUGUCCAAGGUAACAAAUUUCAACACAAACACCGAGCAAUAUUGUAUUCAAGUUUUAAGAUACGAAGCAGGUACACAUGAGUAUUAAAUGCCAGCGGACUAUAAAAGUCUUCGUAAGUCAGAGUACUGCGGAGUCUUUGAGAGUUGCCUGUUUAUUCUUUCCGGAGACUGAAUGAUGUACUAUAGUGAAGAUUAACUUUGUGAGCCUUUUGUAUUACUUUUCCCAUGAUAUACAAAUAUACAGUUUGUAAAAGAAGAUA